UCGGAGUUCAUCAUUAGGGGUACAUAGCAAACCAGUGCGCUUAGUUCGUGAUAGGAUGAAUUCGUUGGAGCAGCUUGCGUUUUCACAGCAUGUGGCUACACUAUCAAGGAAAUUGCCCUAUCCUUCGGGGUCUAAAGUAGGGUUUUUUCCCAAUGUGCAUCCAGGUUGGGUUGUGGACAUGUGAAUGAAUCCCCCCUGAAUUGGGUACAUUGUUGGAAGUAGGAUGGAGGACAUCAUGAAGACCGAAGGGUCGCACGACAACCAACGCAUGACGACAGGAGGUCCUUUGGUCGACGAAGACGAAGCCAGAAUCCUCCACAAGCGAAGGCUGACCCGGGAAAAGAUGCAGCGGUACCGCAAGGGGAUUGUCCGCAAGUCCAGUGCGCUCAAGCACCAAGCCGUGGACCUGCAGCGCGAAAUCGAGCGUCUGCUUGCACGGCAGACGACAGACAAGUCGCCAUGGCUGCUGUCGUGGGCGGAUGUUGCACGGGCGUUACGCGACGACUCGGACGCGACCCGCAACACAAAUGGGAUCCUCAGGCAACUGGUCUUGCAACAGGACCGCGAGAUCCGCACGAUUCGAAGUUGGGUCCACGGGUGUCAGGUCUUACCGAAUUCGAGCUGGCGCAACGUGUCGCUGCUCGAGCACCCACAAGCGCGCAAGCACGGCAUCGACUGGAUCACCCAACACUUGUACCACAACACCGAUCGAGUGCUGGAACAGUACGCGUUUGCGGCAGUGGGGUCCGGCGUCCAGAUCGACGACGACACCAUCAUCGACACGUCCAGUCCCGACUGCUUCCAGUACGUUUGGCGGGACCAGCGGGACAUGGACGUUCCGUUCGACGUUGCCGCGCGCGCCCUCACCCUCGACUUCUUUCACAGCUUGCUCGCCCACGGCACACCCCUCGCUGCGAUUCCCACGGACGUCGAGACACUAAACGAGCUUGGCGGAACCUGUCGGUACAAGACGUCGGUGGGCAAAUUCGAGCAAAUGAACCACCUCUACAGAGUGUUUCAGUCAGCCACACGGAUUGUCUACGUCGGUCAAAAUAUCCACCACGAUCCCCUGUACAUGGACCACGCCCGCGACAACUCGUCGAACCGCAUGACCUGGGUGGUGCUGGACAAGGCGUCUGCCACGACCACGACGUUGCGGAAGCUCACGAUUACAUCUCAAGGCUUCCGCCGCCACGAUGGGCGCAUGAUUCCUCUCGACGAAGAAGCCAGCCUGUGGGGGGUGGGCCUGUCGGCGAUCGCCUCGCCCGACGCCCAGCUGGACUGGUUUGCGCACAAGGUCACCCAGCUGUGCAACAUGUACGCGAACAUGAAUGGCGGCAUGACCACGCGACUCGACAAGUACUUGGCCAACGUUCCGCAUUGAUUGCAUUGCGGUUGCAACGUCGUAGUAUUGGGCUCGUUCGAAAGUGUAUGUAUACGUGUAAUAACGUUAGUAUAUUUGUGUUGAUGCUAAA